AUGACAUUAAAAAAAUCUACGGUAAUUAAUCGUAUCCAAGCAUACAAUUUAGACGAGAUUAUUCAACUUGAAUGCGAAGAUGACGCCAUCAUGAUAUCAUUUGCUUAUUACCCUUAUUUUCUUAAUUUCUGUAAACAUUUCGAAAAACAUCUGGCGAGCGAUUGUCAAACCAUGGCAAAGACAAAAUUAUGCAAAUAUUAA